AUGAACGAGCGACCAACGUUCACCAACCUACCAGCAAACCUGACCAUCAAAGAGGAUGCUCCCGAAGGCAAGGUUAUAACAGUCUUAAGUUUCACAGAUCCCGACCCUUACCAGGAUAUCGAACCUAUUUGCUCGGUGUGGCCGGCAUCGGAGAAAUAUAAAUUCACAUUUGAAUCGAACUCAAAUAAGCUCAAAUUAGCUGACGACAUCAACGAACCCGAACCUCUGGACUACGAGACCACCAAUCAGUACAAGAUAACUUGCAUCCUCUAUGACGGCUACUUAUACAAUGAAGAUGCUUAUGUCAACCUUGCCGUAUUGGACGUGAAUGAGGAACCAAUAUUCAAAGAGGAAUCCUAUUCUUGUAGUCUUUAUGAAUCAGAGAUAGGAGUAUCACAAUGCGAUCUGGAUUUAACAGUCACGGAUCCUGACAGCGACAAGCUUGACCUCGUCCUUCUAUCCGGCAACAACAGUGAGAGAUUCUCGUUAAUCAACAACGACAAGAAGCUUACAUUUGGCAUCAACUAUGACGUUGACGAUAACGCAAUGCCGACUGACGUACUGCUUACUGCCGGAGCUGUGGAUGAACACGGACUGACAGGAACGACAAAGAUAGCCAUAACCGUGAAAGACGUUAACGAUAAUACACCGGAAUUUACGUCGUCAGUGACGUCAUUCGUCGUAUCAGAAACGCAGGAACUUGGAGCUCUGGGUACAGUGACGGCAUUAGACAAAGACUCUGGUGCUAAUGGAGAGGUUACCUACACGGUCCAGGGAGGUUCACAAGCUCUGGGAUACGUCAGCUUGGUCGGAGAUGGCGGGAUUACAUACUCGAGCAAAUAUCCGCAGAGCAUGGGAGGAAAAUCCGAAACCAUUUUGAUCGAGGCAAAAGACAAAGGUUAUCCAGUCAAAUCGUCAACCGGAACAGUCAUCGUAACGUUCCAACCGUACAGUACUACAACUACGACUACCACAACACAAACGAUCAUCAUCACACAAGCCGCAUCAUCAUCAUCAUCAUCAUCGUCAUCUUCUUCAAGCUACUUUGAUAAUUCUGCAUCCAUUGGCUUGCUUGCCGCCCUAUUGUCACUCCUGUUGCUUGGUGCGGCUGCGGCCUUGACGUACUGUCUCUGUUGUCGUGCUGGUGGUCGUUGUGCUGGAAGCCAGAAAACUACACACUCUGAUAAAGUGACGAGAACUUACCGCGAUGAUUAUUACAGAGAUUCAAGAUAUUAUGAUCGAGACUACGACCGUCGCAGUGAUAUAGACUACGAUGAUAGACGCGAUCGUUAUGACAGACGAAGAGGCGACAGAUAUGAUGCAAGUCGGGAAGGCUCUCCUUACUCAGCCAGUCAGGUGAAGCUAUUGGGCCCACGUGAUUUACCGCGCGUCGUUUGA